AUGCCUUUUAUGCCUCGCGUCCUCCUUCUCGGGGCCACCGGUGAAACAGGGAGCUCCAUUCUAGAUGGCCUGCUGGAAUCUAACAAAUAUGAAGUGGAGAUUUUGGUCAGAGCCAGCUCCGUUGGAAAGAAAGCUGUCAUGGACAUCCAAGAUCGCGGUGUUAAGGUCCGCGUGGCAGAUCUCACUGCAUCUGAAGAUGAACUGGCCUUGGUCUUAUCCGGCAUUGACAUACUCGUCAGUGCUAUAGCGGCGCAAGAUCAAGCAGCGCAAAAGAAUCUUAUGAGAGCUGCCAAGAUGGCGGGGAUUCAACGUGUUAUCCCCUGUGCAUAUGCCACUAUUGCUCCUCCACAGGGUGUAAUGCUUUUUCGUGAUGAGAAGGAGGAAGUCUACAAUGAGAUUAAAAGACUAGCAUUGCCAUACACGAUUAUUGACGUUGGUUUCUGGCACCAGCUCUCCUUUCCCCGUGUCCCUUCCGGACGGGCCGAUUAUGCCGUCCUGCUGCAGGAUUCGACCACUAUCCAUGGAGAUGGGGAGGCGCCCAACAUCCUCUCUGAUCUCCGCGACGUCGGCCGAUAUGUUGCACGCAUUAUCGCUGAUGAUAGAACGCUAAACAGACAUGUUUAUGGAUGGAGUGAUAUCCUGACUGAGACCGAAAUCUUUGGGAUUGUUGAAGAGCUUUCGGGCGAGGUAAUUGAGAGGGAAUACAUAUCGUCCCAGCAGCUUGAAGCAGAUCUAAAGCGAGCCAGUGCUGAACAUGCCAAGAAUCUAGAAGACCCUGCAAAGCGGUUGGGGUUCUAUAUCUUACAGACCCUAUACAGCAAGUAUGUACGCCGAGACAAUCAGCCUUCGUAUGCAAAGUACCUUGGAUAUUUGGAUGCAAGGGAGCUUUACCCAGAUUUUGUGCCGAUUUCCUUCCGUGAUUUCUUUGCAGAAGUGCUUGCAGCGGAGGCGAAGCGGCCGUAUGCCCAUUUGACAGUCCCUAAAACCCUUGAACAUUAA